GGGCCUCCCUCUUUCAGCUUCGCGGGAGCCGAGAGAAUCCCGACCAAGAUGGCGGCCGUGGGGCGAGCCGGCUCCUUCAGCUCCUCGCCGCCGGCUCUGGCCACCGCCAACGGCUUCGCUCCAGCCACCUGCACGGGCAACGGCGACAAGGCCGAGGAAGACGAUGGACAGAACCUCUGGUCCUGCAUCCUCAGCGAGGUCUCCACCCGUUCACGCUCCAAGCUCCCGUCGGGCAAGAACGUCCUACUGCUAGGUGAAGACGGAGCUGGAAAAACAAGCUUGAUAGGGAGAAUCCAAGGAAGACCAGAGGAAUGCAAGAAAGGGAGAGGUGCUGAGUAUUUGUACUUGAGCGUUCAUGAUGAGGACAGAGAUGAUCAAACAAGAUGUAAUGUGUGGAUCUUAGAUGGAGACCUGUAUCACAAAGGACUCCUUAAAUUUGCAAUGGAAGCCAACUCUCUGAGAGACACUUUAGUUAUUCUGGUUGUUGACAUGUCAAAGCCUUGGACUGCUUUGGAUUCUUUACAAAAAUGGGCAAGUGUCGUGAGAGAACAUAUUGAUAAACUCAAAAUUCCUCCUGAGGAAAUGAAAGAAAUGGAACAGAAAUUGAUUAGAGAUUUCCAAGAAUAUGUAGAGCCAGGAGAAGAUUUCCCAGCAUCUCCACAGAGAAGAAGUACAUUACAGGAAGACAAAGAUGAUAGUGUCAUGUUACCUCUGGGUGCAGACACACUCACAUAUAACUUAGGCGUCCCAGUGCUCGUAGUUUGCACAAAGUGCGAUGCCAUUAGUGUAUUGGAAAAAGAACAUGAUUACAAAGAUGAACACUUCGACUUUAUUCAAUCACAUAUCCGGAAGUUUUGUUUACAGUAUGGUGCAGCACUUAUUUACACUUCAGUAAAGGAAAAUAAAAAUAUAGAUUUAGUAUAUAAGUACAUUGUUCAGAAAUUAUACGGAUUCCCUUUUAAGAUUCCUGCUGUUGUUGUGGAAAAAGAUGCAGUAUUUAUCCCAGCAGGAUGGGAUAAUGAUAAGAAAAUAGGAAUUUUACAUGAAAAUUUUCAAACGUUAAAAGCAGAAGAUAGUUUUGAAGAUAUUAUAACCAAACCACCUGUCCGAAAGUUUGUUCACGAGAAGGAGAUUGUAGCAGAAGAUGACCAAGUAUUUCUUAUGAAGCAGCAGUCCCAGUUAGCAAAGCAACCACCGACAGCAGCUGGACGGCCAGUGGAUUCCUCUCCACGAGUUCCUGGUGGUUCCCCUCGAACACCUAAUAGAGCAGUGUCAUCCAAUGUGGCCAGCGUGUCGCCCAUCCCUGCUGGGUCCAAAAAAAUUGAUCCAAAUAUGAAAGCUGGUGCUACAAGUGAAGGGGUACUCGCUAAUUUCUUCAAUAGCUUGCUGAGUAAAAAAACAGGCUCCCCUGGGGGCCCUGGCGUUGGUAGCAGCAGCCCUGGAGGUGGUGGGGGCAGUGGCGGCGGCAGUUUACCAUCGUCGGCAAAAAAAUCAGGCCAGAAACCUGUCUUGACAGAUGUUCAGGCAGAAUUGGACAGAAUUUCACGAAAACCUGAUAUGGUUUCCCCCACAACACCAACGUCCCCAACAGAAGGAGAAGCAUCUUGAAGAUACCAAAUAAAGCCAUUUAUUCAGUUUUCUGAGAUAAUGUAAACUUGUCUCUGCCUUUUCCUUCAAAAGUGGAAGUAGGGAGCUGAAACAUUUUUUUUCAGAAGGAUAAAAUUGCUGUCUUUUUUGUUGCCCAACUUUACAAAAAGGGACCUGUACAAAUGGAAAAUUAAACUAGACUAUGUUGGACUCCUGUGUGCAUUGCCACUUUGCAUAAGGAAGUAAUUUUGAGAUUUUGAAAACUCAAAAUAAUUUCUAAAACUGCAAUCUGUCCAUUUGAUCUUAUUCUAACCACCAUUUGGGGUUUGUUUUUGUUUUGCUUCAUUUUUUAAAUGGGAGGGUUUGGGAGGUAAGCAAUAUGCAACUGGGCACCAGACAGACUCAGAAAUCCCUGCCUGUUUUAGAGUUAGGGUUGUUAAGAUGGUUAAGAUGGUAAAUGAAUUAACCUGUUAGUUUUCUUGGAAGACAGAUAAUCAUUUUGUUCACUCUUUUGUGCACCAACAUGAAUGAAUUCAGAUUCUGUUUACUGCCACGUGUGGAAUGUGCUCACAAAGCUCCUGGAUCUCAUUUGGACCACUAAGUUCUAUCGAAAGUUGUGGGACAGCGUCAUCUCCCAAGUAGAUGGAUGACCUAGGGAAAUGUUGACCAAGUUUGAUUUAAUUAACUAGCAGAAGAAGACAGCCCACUGCCUAAUAUGUAAUAAAGAAAAAUGCAGAGGUUAUCAAAAUGAAAAGAAAAACAAUUUACAUAUUUGUUUCUCUGUGGCCCAGCCUUAAUACUUACUUUAUGUUUUCCAUAUUACCAUGAUGGUUUCAAUUAUCAGUCUUUUAAACUGUAAUCAGUUAAUAAAGUAUUUAUUCUCUGCAUUCAGAUUUAAAUAAUUCUUUGCAUUCUCUUUGUGUAAAUUUGUAUUUAUUAAUUAAAAGCUAAGGUUGGCCAGUAUUUUUACUUGUUUGACUCGGUAGGAUUAUUGAGCAUACCUAUAUUUUCCCCUCUCUUCAUCCAAAUUUUCCCAAGACAAAAACAGUUCAAUUUACUGUCAACUUCCUUGAUUUUGUAUACCAAGGAAAUAAUCAGGAACGGUGUAUGGUUUGUUUGCUUUUGAUGAGCUCGCUUCCUCAAGGAUGGAAAAUUUCCACACCCCAGAACCUUCUGUCAGCAUCCAGCCUCAGAUUAUUUAACAGGAGAAGCUGCUUUUAACACUUGGUCAAUAUGCUCAUAGUGACCAACUCCCUUCCUGAUCAACACAUGUCAUUUCUCCAAUAUUUUAAUUUUGUUCCCCAGUUGUUGUUUUUCAGUAGCUGGGAUUUUAGAGUCUAAUUAUAAUACCAUUAAAUCAGAAGACCUUUUCAUUGAUCAGUUGGCAAAUACAGCCAUGGUAUUUUACCAACUUAAGCCAAGUCAGGUGAUUUUAAAAAAAAAAAUUGUUUGUUUUCCUUUAAAUGAGAUCGCAAUUUUUUAAGCUUAAAAAAUAUCCUCUAUAUUCCUAAGACAUUCUUUAGAAGGCCCUGAAGCAUUUAAGGAAAAUCAAUCAUAUCUAAGCAAAGUCAUUUUUCAAGAGAUCUUUCAAAAUCAAUUUAGUCAUAGAAAAAGCAUGUUGGUUUCCUGUACCUCUGAUUUGAGCAUAAAUACUGAAGGCGUGGUGAGAAGAGAAGCUUUCUAGCUUCCUACAUAAAGGAGUACUUGGGGGGAAAAGGACGUUCCUUCACACUGAAAAGUCAAUUUGAAAAAAUUUUCUUAAAAUAUGCUUGAGCUAUGUAAAACAUACCAUUGACAGAAGAAUUCAGCACAAUAAGGGGUUAUGGAAAUAUAUUGUAAUGAUACCAAAAGAGAACGCCAUGGAAUGAAUGGGAAGACCAAUAAAAUCAAUGCCCAAUCUGUGUCUCUGAGUGCCUAGAAUAUCUGUUUCUGUGUUGGCGUGCACAGAAUGAUGAGUCGUUUCCUAGCCGGCAUGGAAAUGUACCAGAAAGCUCUCGGACCGAGUCCAUUUGUUAUUGUAUUGACUGGCAUCACUGAGGCUAGUUUCUCUAGAGCAGAGGUAUCAGACAUGGCUCCGACCAAAUUAAAAUGUAAUUGGAAAAUACUUAAUAAAAUGAAU